AUGGCCCUUGAUCUUGUUGAGCAAGACGCCAGUCUAGCCCAGGAAGUCAUCAGAGAGAUCGCAUCUGACCGCAGACUCAAUCUGAUCAGGGACGUCCUCGAGGGGCUUUCGCCAAGCAAGACACCAGCCGAGAAAGCGAGCCUCUGGGAGUCACGCAUCUCUCCGCUAUUCCGAGUCAUCAUUCACCCGGCGAUUGUUGAUUCAGUCGUCGUGGAACAGGAGACAACCACAAUCUAUCGGUCUUUUCUGGGAAUCGAUGCAACCCGCCUCAAGCACCUCUUUGAAUUUGUCCUUCAUCUCGUCGCCCACUGGUCUGAGCUACCCUUCCGCGAAUCCGAGGCAUCUGGCCUCGAAGCCAUCUCCCUUGCGUGUGGUCUCUUAGCCAAAGUCAUCGACACGAGCGCAGCGAACAUUGUCAAUUCACACUUCACAUCAAUCGUCGAGGAUAUCCAACUCCGUCUCGACGUCUUUGGCAACGGUGCGGAGGCCUUCUACUCGAUGCAGGCCUCAAAGUAUCUAGACUACGUCCGGCGUCGACUUGGCAUAGGCCACUCUUUACCCGAUGUCGCACAUAAGAAUGCCAACUCGGGUGCCAUGGCCGAGUUCAUCCUCGCCGAGGAUCUGCCCGGGCGGCUCUCGCUCAGAGGACGUCGCCACGAUAACGACCAUGCCGACAUCGCCAAGAUCAGGAUAAUGCCCACUCUCGAAGAGAUCAUGUCAUUCAGAGACGAGUACUUGCCCACAGUCAACCCCUCGCAGCACCACUUGCAAGGGCUUCGGGGCUUGCUAGAUCGCCAUUUCCGGCUGCUCCGCGAGGAUACACUGCACGAUCUCCGGAAUGCCAUCCGCACAAGGGUCGAGUCGAACAAUCGGGUGCGCGAAAUUAGGACGAGAAUUGUAGUCUACGACUACGCCACCGCCGUCGAGACCACGUUUGACAAGCGGGAUGGUCUUGAAUUCGUCGUCAAGUUCGACCAGCCAAAGGCAGCCAAGGAGUUGGACAAAGCCCAGCGAGCUGCAUGGUGGGUACAGACCAAAAGGCUCACAGAUGGUGCACUCGUCUGCAUCGUCGAUGACAUUGGCAACGUCUUCUUUUUCCAAGUCUCAAGGUCUACCGUCCGGACACCGCACAACCCGACUCAGCAGACCCAGCAGGAAGACGCGGCAGACGCUCCCAAGUAUAGCUUGCCGGAUGACAACCGCCACGCGUUCGUUCAUCUGAAGCUUGUGGAUACCGGAGUCGACGAGGUCAAGCGCGCCCUUCUGUGGUUCAAAAACAUGGGUUCAAGACAGCACCGACAAAUGUUUGAGUUCCCGUCGAUCCUUCUUCCUGCAUUUGCCCCUCCUUUGAAAGCCCUACAAACAAUGUCUCAAAAGGUCGACCUUCCUUUUCAAACUAUCCUCACUCUUCAGGCGGGGGAUCAACCACCCGAGAUUCCACCUCCGCUGUACUCCAUGCGUCCGGGCUUUUCUUUCGAUCUCAGUACUAUUGCCAACGACGGGAAAGCGCUGUCGUUUACUCCUGGUGAACCUGUUGAUCCAGCCGAGCUCAGCAGACACUCCACGCUGGACCUGACUCAGUCAGGGGCUAUACUAGAUUCCCUCAGUCGAUCUUUCGCUUUGAUCCAAGGGCCUCCGGGCACAGGAAAGAGUUACACGGGUGAAGCUCUCAUCAAGGUGCUACUUGCAAACAAAUCCAAGGCCAAGCUGGGACCGAUCAUGUGCGUUUGUUACACAAACCACGCCCUGGACCAGCUUCUGGAGCAUCUUGUUGAUGGGAAGGUCCAGAAUAUCGUCAGGAUCGGCUCUCGCUCCAAGUCGGAGAGACUCGAGCCUGUCAACCUCCGUAAGGUCGUCGAGGGCAUGACCCGCACAAGGACCGAACGCAGAGCACUGUACGAGUCGAUCGAGGCACUUGAGUCUGAAGCCGAUUACGUGGCCAGGAAUCUCACUACCUACAAAUACCUCAACACAAACGAGAAGAUCCGAGCGUUUCUUGCAGCGCAGCAUCCUUCUCAACAUGAUGAGCUCUUUGGUCCAGAGCAAAGCAACGAAGAUGCGGAAGAUGGUUGGGAGACGGUCCGUCACGGGAGGAAGAAGGCCAUGGAAGUCUGGCUGCACGGUGGUUUAGUGACCAAAGUCCCCAGUCGCACCAUGACGCAGCUUUAUCAAACGAGACUAUCAGAGAUGAGCCGCCAAGAGCGUCUCCUUCUGCACCAAGAUUGGGUCCGUCAGGCACUCGACCCCGAGCUGAGAAGGUUGUCUUCGGCGCAUGAGACAUACGAGAGCAUGCGAGACAGGAACAACCGCGUCAGAAGCUCAAUCGAUCUUCGUGCUCUGCAGCAGGCAAACAUCAUUGGAGUCACUACUACAGGGCUCGCCACCAACCUCGAUCUUCUCCGGCGCGUCAACGGCAAAGUCUUGCUGUGUGAAGAAGCAGGUGAGGUCCUUGAGGCCCAUUUGCUGACUGCCUUGCUCCCAACCAUCGAACACGCCAUCUUGAUUGGGGAUCAUCUCCAACUGCGACCUCAAAUUCAAGACUGGAGGCUUCAAAGUGCCAAUCCAGCCGGCAAGAAGUACUCGUUGGAUGUGUCCCUUUUUGAACGUCUUGCAAACACCCCCAAAUUCCCCUUCAGCAUCCUCGACACGCAAAGACGUAUGCAUCCAUCAAUCUCCGAGCUUGUUCGCUCUACCUUGUACCGAUCCUUAUCAGAUUCGGAUGCGGUUCAGGACUACCCGCCCGUCUGCGGAUUGGCCAAGAGGCUCUUCUGGCUUCAUCAUGAGAGUCCCGAAUCCGGUCGAAGGUCUGACCAGGAUUCCAUCGAAACCUCAUACUCGAACGAUUUUGAGAUAGACAUGGUGGUGGGCUUAGUCUCCCAUCUUCUGAGACAGGGUGUCUACAAGUCGGGCGAAAUUGCCGUGCUGACGCCCUACUUGGGUCAGUUGAACAAGUUGCGACAGAAGCUCGGGUCUACCAUGCACAUUGUUAUCAACGACCGAGACAUGGACGAUCUGGCUGGUCUGGAAUCACCCGAUACGAAUUUCCAAGACUCUCCGAAGAAGGGAGCGGCAAAGUCUUCUGCGCUACAAGGAGUACGUGCUGCAACAGUGGACAACUUCCAAGGCGAGGAAGCCAAUGUUGUCAUCAUCUCUCUCGUGCGAAGCAACAAUGAGCGGAGAUGUGGCUUCCUCAGCACAUCCAAUCGUAUCAAUGUGUUGCUGUCCCGAGCCAAGCACGGGAUGUACAUCAUCGGCAACUCCCAGACUUCCAUCCAUGUUCCAAUGUGGGCUAAAGUCAUCAACCUCAUGCAGCAGGAGGGAAACUUUGGCAACGAGCUUGAGCUGCAGUGCCCGAGACACCAUGAUAACAAGAGCCCAUCUCUGUGCGGCGAAUUAUGCCCGAGCGAGCAUUUCUGUCAGAAAUGUGCGUCUGAUGACAUCAAAAACACCAUCGUCGACCUCAUCAUGAUGAGCGAUUACCGAUCUAUUGACCUCGACGAAGAACCUUGCGUUUUCCCUGACUGCGGUCAUUUCUUGACAUAUUCCACCAUGGAUGGGCAGAUGAGACUUCAAGACGUUUACGACAUAUCCCCGGACGGUGUCCCAGUCGCGGUCAAAAGCGGCUCACAGCCCUUCGAUCUGUCAAAGACGAUCAGCGUAUGCCCCAAUUGCAGGGGUUCCUUGCGGAACAUCUCUCGCUAUGGCAGGAUCGUCCGUCGAGGCCUCCUCGAUGAGUCAACAAAGAAGUUCAUCAGUUGGUCCAAUAGCCAGUGGCAAAGGCUCUCGGAGGCCUUCUUUAGUGCCCAGGGUGCUCUACAAAACACAGACAAAGGGGCUUUUGUGUUUCCCGUUCAAAAGCUGGAAGGAUACGACCUGGAAGGAGCCCGUCACGAACAAAUGGCCCACCUUCUCAAGAUUACUGGCGGUAGCCGCCACAAGGCAAUGAGAAGAGUCCGCAAUCAGAUUGUCAACCUCCUUGGACAGGUCAAGAAAGACGAACAGCCCUACCAACGCGUGGCCCAUCUCGUCUGGCACGUCAACCGUCGCCGGCAAAAGGAGACAAACGGCUUCUCCUUCGACGAGUCUGCUAUUCAAAUGGGAAGCUACCUCCAGGCAAUGACACUGCUUCUACGGUGCGACCUUCUCCUCGUAUCUGACUUUGUGAGUCUUUGCCGCAACUCCACCAAUAGCGCCGUCAAGUCGGUGAAGGUCGAUGUAUCCACAUACAUCAAAGACUGCAAAGAGCUCAUUCAGACCGCCCACAUCCGGAACUACGCUAGACAGGAGGUAGAGGGUCACAUAUUUGUUAGCAUGUUUUGCUCCUUUGUCACGCCGCCGAGCGUGGAGCCGGCAACAGCAGCGAUGGAGAACAGGCCGCAGCCAACAGCUGGAGAUCUAUCCAGAUCCCACGAGCGGAUGAAAGAGCUCGGCUUGCAUCAUUUGAUUGUCGCCAAGGAACUGAUGGAGAAGCAUCCUUCGACGGCCGUUCUCGAAAGCGAGUACGACACGGCAUGGCGCAUGCUCCACGACGGCAUCUUCUACAGCGAGGUCUCCAGCGACGAGAUGCGUAGUGUCUACCAGGCUAUGUCGAAGGAGUUCUUAGGGACUGGUCACUGGUACACCUGCCGCAACGGCCAUCCCUUUACAAUUGGAGAAUGCGGCAUGGCAAUGGAGGCAACGAGAUGCCCAGAAUGUGGAGAGGCUGUGGGUGGGAGAAAUCAUCAAUCAGCAGAGGGCGUUCGGCACGCGCGAGACAUCGAGGCGCUCGGUUCUGGCAUUUCUGGCAUGCGAAUGUAG